ACGGUGUGAGGUUGAAAUCAUGUUUCAUUGUUGGUGAGGAAGUUGCUUCGUGGCACACAUUGCGAAAAAAUAGGAUUUUGCGCUAGUAGCAAGUAACGUCAGUGCUUGUGUUGUGCAUUAAAUUCUAGCUUCUAGCACAGCCCCCCUUCCGCUACAUUCAAACACAAUACACACAUUCAAACGUAGCACCCACCCACCCUGCUUGAAGCGGCAAUACAACACCGAUCGCACCACCACACGAACGCGCACGAGGGCCGCGGAAUUCGAGCAACACUGGCGUUGGCGUUUUCGGCAAACUGCGCGCACACACACAUAUCACCCCGCCCAAAAAAAAAAACAACCCCAUCGUCGUCAUCGUCGUCGUCUAACGCUACACCGCUUCAUAGACCGCUGGAUACGCGAAUUCACGCCCGUCGUCAGUUUGUGUGCGCGCGUACAACAAACCAGUACCGGCGCGGUGCGUGUGCGUGUUUCCCCCCAAAAAAGAGUUUUCCCGAUUUUCCCCAUGGCUUGCGUGCGAGGACUGUUUGUCCUGGUGGGAGUGGCGCUGUUUGUCCUGUUCGCGGAAAGGCAGCUGGAGGAAAGUGUCGGAGUGGACGCCAGUAUGAUCUAUGCCGGGAUAAAGCUGCCCUUUCCACGGCACCGCACCUUCUACAAAUCGGUCGGCGAGCGCAAGAUCGGUCCCAACCUGUACGAGGUCAGCACGAUCAUCCAGGAGGACAUUCUGCUGCGCAAGCGGUGCGAGUGCAUGCUGCGGUAUCGGUGUCGCGUACCGCGCAACAUCUUCUAUCUGUCCAACCGCGAUUGCCAUCACCGCGAAAAAGUGUGCUGCGAGCUGCUGGAAAACGCGUACGAGUCCACCAACGAUACGGCGGCGGCGAUCGAGCACCACCAUUUCGGAAGCGAUAAUGAGAUCUAGAGAGCGUACAGAUCUCCUCCAUCACCUCCUUCUCCUUCUGCAAUGCUAACCUGAAUGCUUCUCCUUGUCCACAUCGCCAAAGUCCAGCGAUGAGUUCUUGCUGAGGUGUCGCGUCAUCCCGAGGCAAUCCUUGGCACUGUGCUCGUCGUACAGCGUGAGCAGGCCCCAGCUCCACUCCUGCUCGGUGUCGAUCCAGUUCAGCAGGUCCUCGGCCCGCAGUAUCACCUUGUCCGAGAUCGCCAGCACCUCAUCCUGGGGAGAGCAAAAUGGGAAAGGGGGAAAAAACGGAAUUAAUAUUACACACAUUAACAGGCCAUCUCGCUUAACACUAGCUUUACGGGGGCGGCUUUCGAAGAGAAAGCGCAAACAUUGCAUUUACACUGCACCUGAUUCUUUCAGAUGAUUAUAGUAGCUUUUAACCUUUGAUGAGAUUUUUAUGUAACAGCUCAACAUUGUUUUAUAUUUUAUUAAAUAAAUUCCGCCGAAAUUGA